AUGAAUCUCACACCAGCGAAACGAGCAGUUCGUGCUUCCACGUCUUUGCUUCGUACCAGCAGGGCCGCCGGCGGCAUGCUCCAUGCGUCCGCCCGGCGCCCGUUCCAUAACUCUGCUGAGGCAAAGGCCGUCGAAGCCGUGGACUCUAGGAUUCCUCUCGACCAGGGGAUGCCGCCAUUCCCUUCGGCGCUCGCGGCCGUCGAGUCGACCAAGAAGAAGCAGCUUCCCAUCCGACCGGCCCCCGGAACCAGUCAGCUAGAUGUUCUGGAGCAGGCCUACAAACCCGAGUUCUACGAGACCAUUGCCAAGAUCAUGGCUCUGAGGCAAAAGUAUGUCGAGGAACGUGUCAUCUUUGUUGAGAGCAGAGAGAUGCAGUCUUUGCUGCUUGGCCUCGGAGCCAGGCCAGAGGACUUUCCCAGGAUGCAGGUCGUAAGCAACCGCUUGUACCACGACCCAACACUUCCCUUCCGCCGGAGCCGGAACGGCCGCUUCCUGAUCGACUUCGACUCUAGCUCUCUCCGGCGCCUGGAGUUCCAGCCCUUUACGCUCACUGCCGAGGAGGACUUCAAGCGUUACGACUCGGGACAGAUUCGACGCUUCGAUGAAGUACAAAACGAGCUGCAGCUCAACUCGGUGUUCCAAGCCCUGUUCGCCUUCAAGGCCAUGAUCCUGCACGGGGUGCCGACUAUCCAUCGCCCCAAGCUCAACUACGGAGCAAACAAGUGGGUGUGCACCCUUUUCAACCUGCGCACCGUCACGACUCCGGAUCUCCUGGGUGAGCCGGCCCUGGAGGGCGUCCACUCCGACGGCGUCGACCACACCAUGACGACGUACCUGGGGAGCAACAACAUGGCGCCGAACAGCGCGGCAACCUUCAUGCACGACAUGGACGAGACCACGGGCGUGCAACUCGACGACGUGUCGCCGCACCACAUCCUCGCGCGGGUGCAGCACAAGAACUUCCUCGACACCCUCAUGAUUGUCGACCACGAGCGCAAGCACAGCCUGUCGCCCGUACACGCCAUCGACGAGAACAAGGAAGCGACGCGCGACAUGCUGAUUUUCUUCACGCGGAAACCCGUGGACAAGACGCACGUCUCCGGGUCCAUCGAUUCGCUGCGCCCGCAUCGAGACAUGCCCAUGGAAAUCCCUCUCUUUGUCCCGGGUUCUCGUUAA